AUGAAUUCCUUCACUGCCUCACGUACUCACGGCCUCGACGUGCCUGCUCAACUGUUACUCGGAUUGCUGAUGCUUCUCUCGCUGACUUCGACGUCGAGCGGCUACAACGUCACGGGGAUUCCUGUGGACUUCGACUGCGGUGACAUCGGCGACACCAUGAGCCAGAUCUGCAAGACGUUCCCCACGGCCAGGCCCCACGUGAGAGUGUCAAGGUCAGCCGAUACCGACGACCUCUGGCAGGACACGGGGGCAGGUCAGACAACGCCCCCUGACCUGCUCCCCCGCCGGCACCGCCUCCACCCCAGGGCCCUGAAUCCAACGUGGAAUCUCGAAAGGGACCUGAUCAGAGACAUCCUAGUGAGCCCCGAAGCCGCGCACGCCCUCGUCAGGACGCCCCGGGGCCGCGCGAAGAGGUCCUACAACGUGCAGGACGAGUGCUGCAACCACGUGAGCCAGCGGCUGUGCGUGGCGGAGGAGAUCCUGGAGUAUUGCGAGGACCCGUACUUCUAAACCUUGAACCUGCCUUGACCUAUGGCCCUCCUGACCUCUGUCAGUGGAGUCGUCAGUGGUCAAUGGCCCACCCAACCUCCUUACAACAGUCUUCGGUGACCUGGUCAUACGGCCUCUCCAUCCUCUCCACUGAAUCUCCAAUGACCUGACCUCAGUCCACGGGUCCCCCUUCCUUAGGCCAUGUCUUUGCUGACCUGACCUAACCCGUGGCUUCUGUAACCUUCUUUAGAUGA